AUGGCUGGUAUUUACUUUUCUCAAGGAGAUUAUGAUAAAACAAUAGAAAUUUUUAAAGAUUCAGACCAUCCAAAUGAUAUUCAUAAUCGAGGUCUCAUUUAUUAUCGUUUAAGAGAGUUAGAGAAAGCUCUCUCAUGUUUCAUCAAGGCACUGGAUCUAAUACCAAAUGAAGCGACUAUUCUUGUUAGUAUUGGAAAUGUUUAUAAAGAAAAGGGCGAGAAUAAGAAUGCAUUAGAUUAUUAUCAACGAGCCAUCGAAAUACAAGAGAAUAGUAAAUCAUGGGAAAUCGCUCAGACAUUUAAUAAUAUUGGGCUCAUUUACUACACACAAAAGGAGUAUAAUCUUGCAAUGAAUUAUUUUAUGAAAGCUUUGGAUUUAGUUGAUUUGAUGAAAUAA